CGCCGCUCAGCCCAUUCCGCCCGAAGCCUAGCCUUCCUUUAAUCGUCCCCCUGGCUGGGUAGCCUCUCUAGUGCCUAUAAUUCCUGACGUCUCUCUACAAGCCUUCACUUUCGACUAUUAGCAAAACGGUGACCCUCUCACCAUAUUGGCCACACCCCGUCAACUCAUGUUCCCGAAACAAACCGGAAGAGAUUGACCAGCCCCUAGAUCGCAGACCUGGAAGUAGACGUAUCUCACGGAAGCUGGGUUUGGCCCUGCGGUUGCUGCCGUCGCCACGGAGAAGUUGUUGGAGCUGGCAGCUUAGGAAUGAAUCUCCUCUCGGCCUCUAAGCUCACCUGGUCAGAAUCCUUCUAUGAGCUUGUGGGACCCUUCCUCCUAGCCCCGUGGUUUGGAACCAGUGGCUUUGGGACUGUAAGAGGAUGGACAAAGAUUCUCAGGGGCUGCUAGAUUCAUCCCUGAUGGCAUCAGGCACGGCCAGCCGCUCAGAGGAUGAAGAGUCGCUGGCAGGGCAGAAGCGGGCCUCCUCCCAGGCCUUGGGCACCAUCCCUAAACGGAGAAGCUCUUCCAGGUUCAUCAAGAGGAAGAAGUUUGAUGACGAGCUGGUGGAGAGCAGCCUGGCUAAGUCCUCUACCAGGGCGAAGGGGGCCAGUGGGGCAGAACCAGGCCGCUGUUCAGGGAGCGAGCCCUCCUCCAGUGAGAAGAAGAAGGUAUCGAAGGCCCCCAGCAUUGCUGUGCCUCCCAGCCCAGUGCCUGCUCCCGGACUCACCAAGCGGGUAAAGAAGAGCAAGCAGCCACUUCAGGUGACCAAGGAUCUGGGUCGCUGGAAGCCUGCGGAUGACCUCCUGCUCAUCAAUGCUGUGUUGCAGACCAAUGACCUGACAUCUGUCCACCUGGGCGUGAAGUUCAGCUGCCGCUUCACCCUUCGGGAAGUCCAGGAGCGCUGGUACGCCCUGCUGUACGAUCCAGUUAUCUCCAAGCUGGCCUGUCAGGCCAUGAGGCAAUUGCACCCAGAGGCCAUUGCAGCCAUCCAGAGCAAGGCCCUGUUUAGCAAGACUGAGGAGCAGCUGCUGAGCAAAGUGGGAUCGACCAGCCAGCCCACCUUGGAGACCUUCCAGGACCUGCUGCACAGACACCCCGAUGCCUUCUACCUGGCGCGCACGGCCAAGGCUCUGCAGGCCCACUGGCAGCUCAUGAAGCAGUAUUACCUGCUGGAGGACCAGACAGGUAAGCGCCCCAGGAGCUGGCAGCACGCUGUGCAGCCGCUGCCCAAGGGGGACCAAGUGCUGAACUUCUCUGAUGCAGAGGACCUGAUUGAUGACAGUAAGCUCAAGGACAUGCGAGAUGAAGUCCUGGAACAUGAGCUUACAGUGGCUGACCGGCGCCAGAAGCGAGAGAUUCGGCAGCUGGAACAAGAACUGCAUAAGUGGCAGGUGCUGGUAGACAGCAUCACAGGCAUGAGCUCUCCAGACUUCGACAACCAGACCCUGGCCGUGCUGCGGGGACGCAUGGUGCGCUACCUGAUGCGCUCCCGCGAGAUCACCCUGGGCAGAGCAACCAAGGAUAAUCAGAUUGAUGUGGACCUGUCUCUGGAGGGUCCAGCCUGGAAGAUCUCCCGGAAGCAAGGUGUCAUCAAGCUGAAGAACAAUGGUGAUUUCUUCAUUGCCAAUGAGGGUCGGCGGCCCAUCUAUAUCGAUGGACGGCCUGUGCUGUGUGGCUCCAAAUGGCGUCUCAGCAACAAUUCUGUGGUGGAGAUUGCCAGCCUGCGAUUCGUCUUCCUCAUCAACCAGGACCUCAUUGCCCUGAUUCGGGCCGAGGCUGCCAAGAUCACGCCACAGUGAGGGGUGGUGGCAGGGCCCCUGGGCGCUCUUGGCCUUGGUUCCCCUGCCGUUCCAACCCCAUUGAGCUAUGACGUCAGGCUCCUGGAAAACCCUUCUGCCAGAGUGGGCAGCAGGAGGCCCAACUGCCGGCCCAUUGAUUGGAGCCUUUGUGGGAGGGUGGGGCUGGCCGUCAGGAAGCCAGGUAGAGGCUGGGCCCCUUCGGCUUCCCUCGGGUCAGAGCCCCCCCUCCUCCCUCUCACAGACCACCCUUCUCCCUCUGGAUUUCCAUCUUCACUCCUGUCUCCAGCUGAUUGGCUUUAGACUUUUCCUUUAUUGUUUUUCUUUGUAAAUAAAAAGCACUGAGUUCCAAAGGUA